GAGAGAAGGCGAAGAGGAAGAGCAGAGCGGCCCUUCGGAAGGCCCUUCCGGAGGCCAGGGAGGACCCUCGCGCUGCCUGCGAAUGACGCAAUCGCGGAAGGGGCGGGGCGGAGCUUGCUUCCGUUGGUCGCGCUCUCUGGAAGGAGAGUUCGCGGGAUCGAAUCCCGCCUGGCGGCGAGCGAGGCUGGGUUGGGCUGACCCACAGGAAGAAUGGAGGAGCUGAGCCAGACGCUGGCCUGCAACUUUGUCGUCUCGCAGGACCUGAACAGCCCCGCAGCUCCCCAUCCACGCCUGGCCCAGUACAAGCCCAAGUACAGCUCCCUGGAACAGGGCGAGCGACGCCGGCGGCUGCUGGAAUUCCAGAAGACUAAGCGGCUGGACUAUAUAAACCAUGCCAGAAGGCUGGCCGAGAACGAUUGGACCUACACAGAGGAGGAGGAGGAGGAGGAGAAGGAGAAGGAGGAGGAGGGAGAAACAUCCAAGGCUGAUGGAGAUCAUGAAGAAAUGGAGCUAGAGAUUGUGAAGAAGCUACCCAAGCGAUAUGCCAACCAGCUGAUGCUCUCUGAGUGGCUAAUUGAUGUCCCACCAGAUCUGGACCAGGAGUGGCUCUUUGUGGUGUGUCCUACGGGGAAGAGAGCUCUUGUGGUGGCCUCCAGGGUAAGGAACCAGGUGGACAUCCAACCUGGUGUUGCAAUUGAGG